UUCAGUUCUGCGCUUUCAAAAUCGAACGUAAAAACCAUCACCAUCACGACAGCGGGAACGGCAGUAACGGCGACGGCGAACCCAGACGACAUGCCGUUGUCAACAAAUAUGCAGCAACAAAGAUAAGUCAGUGUACACCAACGUUAGUCAUAAGCCAAACAAAGAAGUCAAUUGCACUGUGUAGGGGAAAAAAAUAGCAAAACUUUGUGUUGCAAAGCGACAUAAUUUUGUGAAGUCAAGGAAGACACGACCGGUAGCACAUACACACACACACACACACACACGCACGCACACGAACCAUCCACCCACCCACCGACAUGUCCGCCUCGAUAAUGCCUUUGUCUGUUGACUCGCUAAAGCCGGAAAGCAAUGGUGAUGGCGGUGGCAGCAGCGCUCGCGAGUUCGUCGAAGGUUGGACACUUGCGCAAACACUUGGCGAGGGCGCUUAUGGCGAAGUAAAAUUGUUGAUUAAUCGUCAAACCGGCGAGGCUGUUGCUAUGAAAAUGGUCGAUUUGAAGAAGCAUCCGGAUGCUAUGCUCUCCGUACGCAAGGAAGUUUGCAUACAGAAACUACUACAGGAUAAACAUAUUCUACGUUAUUUUGGCAAACGUUCACACGAUGAUGUGGAGUAUUUGUUUUUGGAAUAUGCAGCUGGUGGUGAAUUGUUUGAUAGAAUUGAACCCGAUGUCGGCAUGCCACAACACGAAGCGCAAAGAUACUUCCUCCAACUGCUCUCCGGCGUACAAUACCUACAUCAGCAUGGUAUAGCGCAUCGUGACUUGAAGCCGGAAAAUUUACUACUAGACGAACAUGAUAAUAUCAAAAUAUCGGACUUUGGCAUGGCCACCAUGUUUAGGUAUUAGGUACAACAAUUUAAUUUACUUAGCAAUUUAUUUUACGAACGAAUGAAGAUUACACGCAGGAAAUAAAAAAAAAAAUA